GUUUCCUGCUGUCGUGUGGCGAGGUUAAUUGCUUACGUGUCAAACAUCAAGCACAAAAAAUAAAACAAUGGGAAAUGAUUCCUGGAAUGUACUGGUGACGGGAGGUGCUGGUUAUAUUGGUUCUCAUACAGUAUUGGAACUAGUAGAAGCAGAUUUUACGGUGGUGGUAAUAGACAACCUUAGUAAUGCUUAUAAAGACAGUAAUGUAAAACCAGAAUGUUUAUUACGAGUAGAAAAAUUGACAAAUAACCAAAUUACAUUUCUUCCAUGUGACAUAACAAACAUCAAUGAGUUGCGAGAUGUAUUUAAAAAGAAUAACUUUCAUUGUGUUAUACAUUUUGCUGCUUUAAAAGCUGUGGGUGAAUCCUGUGAGAAACCAUUAGAAUACUAUAAAACAAAUGUUAGUGGAACAUUGAAUUUGUUAGAAGCAAUGAAAGAGUAUAAUGUCAAGAAUCUAAUAUAUUCAAGUAGUGCCACUGUUUAUGGAAUCCCAGAAAAGCUUCCACUAGUUGAAGACAUGAAUACUGGCAACUGUACAAAUCCCUAUGGAAAGACAAAGUACAUGGUUGAAGAAAUUUUAAAAGAUUUAUGCAUAUCUGAUAAGGCAUGGUCUGUCAUAUCUCUAAGGUAUUUCAAUCCAGUUGGAGCUCAUCCAUCUGGCCAAAUUGGAGAAGAUCCUAAUGGAAUUCCAAACAACUUAAUGCCAUAUAUUGCUCAAGUAUCUGUUGGGAAAAGAAAAAUGCUAAAUGUUUAUGGUAAUGAUUAUGACACUACUGAUGGAACAGGCGUUCGUGAUUAUAUUCAUAUAAUGGACUUAGCAUCAGGCCAUGUAAAAGCAAUGAUCUAUCAAAAAACUCAAUGCCCAACUGGAUUCAAAGCAAUCAAUUUAGGUACUGGAAAAGGUUACUCAGUUAUUGAAGUUAUUCGCGCAUUUGAAAACGCAUCAGGUCGAGUGAUACCAUAUCAAAUUGUUGAACGUAGACCUGGAGAUAUUUCCGCUAGUUACGCAGAUGCUAGUGUAGCUAAUAAGGAAUUAGGAUGGCAAGCCACUAAGAAUAUUGAUGAUAUGUGUAAAGACACAUGGAAAUGGCAACAAAAUAAUCCAAAUGGUUAUAAAUCUUAA